AAGAAUCAACUUUAGUAACCUUCAAUUUAUAAAUUUCGAUAACUUUUACUUGGUAUUGUAGAGCCACAACAUUUUUAAGAUCAAACUUAUAAACCAAGAUAUUUCUCUAAAUAUUUUGUUACACUAUUUGCAGAGAGGAAUUUGCAUGCCUCUGCAUUUGGAAUCUGGUUUGCCGUUUGUCAAUUUUACAGAAGAAGAGAUAUUUGAAAUAUAAAAAUAUAGCCUAAAAUUUUUUAUAUUUACACCAUUAAAAUGGAAAUAAUACCUGGAAAAAGGAAGGACAGUUAUUUGUAUGUAUAUGAAGGAUUUACAUACAAUAUGGAUAAGAGAUAUACUUACAUAUAUCGCUGUGCAAAAAGACGUACUGCAGCAUGUAAAGGUGUGCUAGUUAAAGAAAAUGAAGAGUUUAUUUUAGAAAAUAAUCAUAAUCAUCCAAGUGAGCCUUAUAUAUCUGACAUUUUGAACCUAAAAAGUGAAAUGGUUCAAAUGUGUAAAGAGACCACUACGACAAACAAAGAAAUAUUUGAUACUGUUUCUCGAAAAAAUCCAAAAGCAGCAGCUUAUAUUUCGUAUAAUGCUAUGAGAAAUGUAUUGUCGAAAGAAAAAGUCAAAAUGCGUCCCCCAUUACCUUCAAGUGCGUGUGAUUUUCACAAUCUGCUUCAAAACUACGAACCUGUAAAGUUUAUUUAUAAAGGCUGUGUUUUAUCUGAAGAUAACAAAUGUUCCUACAUCUUUACUAGCGAUAAACUUCUAAAAAUAUUAGAGGAGAGUUCAGAAAUUUUUAUAGAUGGAACAUUUUCAGUUAUACCCAAAGUACCAAAUUUUGCACAGUUGUUCUCAGUCCAUGUACGAUACAUGGAUAAGGGUAUUGCAGUAUUACUUAUCUUGUGUGAAGCAAGAACACAAUUAGUUUACAAAUCUAUAUGGAAAGAAGUUAUCAAAUUGGCUCCUAAUCUGCAAUGUAAUUUGCGCUUUAUAAUGUGUGAUUAUGAAAAAGCAUCAAUGAAUGCUGUUCAUGAACAAUUUCCCCAUGCAUCUUUACGAGGCUGCUGGUUUCACUAUUGUCAGGCUGUUCUAAAAAAAUGGAAACGGUUAGGGCUUCUAAAAACACCACGUAAAAUAUUAUCAAUGGCAAUGACAUUACCGUUGGCACCAUCAGAAAUGUUUUCCGAAGGUUUAAAUCUUAUGCAGCUAAUUGCAGAUAAAGAAUCAGAUAAUUCUCCAAACAUAUUGGUUUUUAUGAAAUAUAUGAGGAGUACAUGGCUUCCAAUAUCAAAAAAAAUAAGUGUAUAUGGAUGUCCAGUUAGAACUAAUAAUCUUGUCGAAUCAUUUCAUAAUAUUAUGUCACAAAAGAUGCAAACGGUUAAUCCCAAUCUUUGGAUAUUCUUAGAUAAUAUUUCAAAAAUAAUUAAGGAUCAGGAAAUCGAUUAUGAUCGUUUAGUAAACGGUCUACAAGUUUCAAGAAAUCGUUGCCAGUUCAACAAAUAUAGAAAUAGAAAAAUCCAAGAAGCCCAAAGUUAUUUAUCUACUGGUAUCUACUCAUUAAAAGAAUUUCUACAGGUGUUUGAGGAGGAUACCAAGCGUCAGCAAUAUGAUAUGGCACUGCUAAUAAGCAAGUGUUUAUAA